AUGCCUGUUAAAAUUUGUCGUUCAUUGAACCAAUUAGCGAAUAGUUGUCUUAGACAAGCUAAUAUACAAGUAACCAGAAAUGCUUCUACAUUAUCUGAUUUUGAUAUUCAGCACAAGACACCUGUAGUAAGGAAAGUUAUCCAUAUACCUAAAGCACAGUAUGGGGGUCGACAUACUGUCACAAUGCUUCCUGGUGGUGGUAUUGGACCAGAAUUGAUGGACUAUGUAAAAGAAAUAUUCAGAGUUGGUGGAAUACCUGUUGAUUUCGAAUUAGUUCAGAUAGAUCCUAAAAGUAGUGGAAACGAAGACUUAGAAUAUGCAAUUACUUCUAUUAAGAGGAAUGGUGUAGCUAUCAAAGGUAAUAUAGAAACUGGGAGCUUAGAUACUGGCAUCAUAUCCAGGAAUGUUGCAUUGAGAAAUGAGCUAGAUUUGUAUGUAAAUGUUCUUAGUUGUAAAUCUUAUCCUGGUGUUAUUGCUCGACAGAAGGAUAUUGACAUUCUCAUCAUCCGUCAAAAUACUGAAGGGGAAUAUGCUAUGCUUGAACAUGAGAGUGUAAGCGGUGUAGUUGAAAGUAUGAAAAUUGUCACUUAUGAUAACUCUGAAAGAGUAGCAAGAUUUGCAUUUGAAUAUGCUAAAAAACUGGGAAGAAAGAAGGUGACAACCAUUCAUAAAGCCAACAUUAUGAAAUUAUCAGAUGGACUGUUUUUAGAAACUUCAAAAAGGAUAGCAAAAGAGUAUCCUGAAAUAGAACAUAAUGAAAUGAUCAUUGAUAAUUGUUGCAUGCAGCUGGUUUCAAAUCCACAUCAGUUUGAUGUAAUGAUUAUGACAAAUCUUUAUGGUACUAUUGUAUCAAAUGUUAUUUGUGGUUUAGUCGGUGGGGCAGGACUUCUGUCUGGAAAAAAUUAUGGUGACCAUUAUGCCAUUUUUGAACCUGGAACACGAAAUACUGGAACUUCAAUCGCCGGAAAGAACAUUGCCAAUCCUAUUGCAAUGAUAAAUGCCUCUGUUGACAUGCUUGAACAUCUGGGUCAUCAAACACAUGCUCAUAUAUUAUCCUCUGCUGUUAAUAAUACUGUUAAUGUUGAAAAAAUCCAUACUCCAGAUCUUGGAGGAACAGCUUCUAGUAUGGAUGUUGUUCAAAGUAUUCUUAAACAUGUUUUAGAAGCAACAAAAUCAAUGAAGUGGUAAGUU